AUGGGCGCAGACGUUAAGACUCCCAGCACACCCGCGAAACCAAAGCCUUGCUGCGUCUGCACGGAUGAGAAAGCCAAGCGCGACGAAUGCAUGCUCUUCUCAAACGCCAGCAACCCUCAAGAAGAAUGCGCCGACCUCGUAACGAAAUACAAGCUCUGCAUGAAGGGCUACGGAUUCGAAAUAUGA